GAUGUCCUUUUCGUUGCACGCAUUUCUGCACCUGCCACAAGCAGAAACGCUGGAGAUAAACAAUAAAACAGAAGCGGAUUAAGGAAGUUUCACGAACCUUCAUCACUGAAAUAUAAAAAAAAACGAGUCAGCUGUUCUGUACAGGACUGGCUCGCUAUCUCCGGCCUAAACAUGCACAUGUCCGGGCCUUUGGUUUUGUUUUGGGUGGGUUUAUGCGCGGCUCUUUUGGGGGACCGAGUCCUGGGGGUAUCGCCGGGUAAACCCGAAGAGAGUAAGACUGGUAAUGAGUCGCUGGUUCACGGCAACAACACAACGAAUUCCACGGGUAGUGGCGGUUUUUUUUCAAAUCUGGACAACUCUGUGAUCAAAAGAGCCUUUUGCGUGUUGACUGGAAUCACCGCCACCGCGGUAUUGUAUUUCGUAAUCAGAGCAGUGAGGUUGAAGAAGGCUCCUAAGAAGAAGUAUGGGCUGCUGUCCAGCUACGAUGACACUGUGGAAAUGAAACACCUGGAGGAGAGUGAUGACGAUGACACAGUGUACGAGGCCAGGCGCCUGAGGAGGUGAGAGGACAGGUGAGUGACCCUGAGCACCGAAAGAAGACUGGAAACAUUAUUCCCAGUGAUUUAUAUUUUUGUACUGCUGAAUGGUUCAAUUUCUAAGAACACAAAGGCAAUCUUUUAAAAUUGUGUUUAUCUCCUAAUAUUUGUAUUUAAUGGUAAAAUGGGGAACAAUUAAAUUGAAAGUGACCAAAAACAAAACGCCUAUGGCAUUCAGGUUGAAUGACAAGUUAUUUUUACUAGUCCAUUAAUAACCAGUGGAAUGCAUUCAGCACCAUCAGUCAUCUUUUAAAAAGUUGGUGCAAAAAGACUUUGCAAAUCGAUCACAUUUCUGUUAACAGAUAAAACUCCAUUGCAUGUCCUGUAGACAAAUUCAAUUCCACAUGCAUGGAGAUUUAUUUGAAAAGAUUUAUAUGUAAAACCGUAAAAGAAUAUGCUUUUGCAUCCUUCUUAAAGCUUAUGUGCGCAACCUUAAAAAAAAAAAAAGUGUUGGCGACACGAGGCUUAAAUAUACACAAACACUGCUCCCUCGAAAUUACACUUUUCAGUAUUUUUACGAAUUUUAGUCAGAAUGUGUUGACAGCACAUUAGGCCUAUUUUACAGUAAAAGAGCCCUUCACUAAUUAACCGUUUUCAAUAUUUCAUUUUUUUUUUUUGUUUGAUGGGACUUAGUAUUGCUCGAAUAUCAAACCACUUGCAUUCAUGUUUAACACGAAUUUGAAAAUACUUACUAUAGACCACAAGAGGGCAGCAACAGUAUAGUGUUAGAAUAUAGACUAACAUUUGCAUUGUGACCAAACUGAUGAACAAAUAGACACUAGCCUCUACAACUAGUGUGUAGUGUAUUAACUCUUUCAUGCCUGAAUUCAAAUGCAAUGUGGAGAUGUCUCUUCAAUAUUUUUGUCAUAUUUCUUGUCAUAGUAGCCUUUUUUUUAGUUAAUGCUUGUUUAAACAUUAAGCAUAAAGCUUAGUGGUUCUCAGUUGCUCCACUAUUGUGUUUAAAUAUUUUUCUCUGUAUGUGUCUCUAACUAGCUUUGACUGCCUGCAUGUUCUCAUUCCAAAAUGUUAUGUGGAUGCUUUUAUCAACCAAUCAAAGAAACAUUUGUGAUUUAAUUUGUUAAGUUUCUUUUCGCGUUUUCUACGUUUUGGCACAAUCAAGUGUUUCCUAGUUUCGGGUGGCAAAGCUUUUAUUAUAUAUAGAGAUCUGCUGAAGGGCAUGACAUUUUGGAGCAUAGAAAAGAAAGCUGGCCAUAGUGAGCUUUAAAGUUAGCUGAACACUUCAUGAGACAUUCUAGAGGAAAAAAAGAUUCAAACUCAAUGAAAAUGAUUACACAAAGCAGAGGGGAAGGGAAAUGUGUAAAGCACAUUCAAGAACAGUAAAAGCAUGUACUCUUUAAAGGUUAAGUAGCUUGCAAUUUCAUGUACUUUCUCCUAACUUUUUAUGAUGAUUCUAAACAUUGAGUUGUUCUGGCAGCUAGGAUUCAACAUAACAAUUAUGCGGCUUCAGCAUUUAAGCAACAGAAUUCGGGACUAAUUAGAACAGUUGUAAACAUCAUUAAAAAAAAGCAAUGUCUGCUUUAGUCAGUAUUGUCAAAAUACACGAGAGAACUGAGUUCCAUUAUAAUGGCUAAUUCCAUACCAGUCUCUGAAUCUGUAGGUUUAUUUUUGAUACAUUGAGGGUCAUGGACCUGCGAUAUGCAUUUGAUUAUCAAGACAUAGUUUUUGUUUUACAAAGCAGCGUGGUGACGAUUGCUUUCUGCGGUUGCUUGCUGUCACGUGCUGUUUGUUCUUUCUUUAUAGUUUGCUGUAUGUUAGGAUUCUGUUAAUUUUUAAUUUCAUUAAAUUUGGAAAAUGUCUGGUACCCUUAUUAUACAAGGAUUGAUUUGAUCACCCUUUACCCUGAUAAGCCACAGCUGGGUCUUUUUAGAGCAUUUUACAGCAUGGGAAUCCUCCUGGAUUUCAUGAAAAUUAGCUCGAUGCAAUGCAGGGUACUCUGUGGUGCUGCAAAAUACACUAAAAGUCAGGUAUAGGUUGAUCAAAUCAGCCCCUAAACGUUAGUUAUUGGUUCCACAAUAAGAUUAUACUGCAGUAUGCCAAAUUGAUGUAGCGAGAGAGAAGUAAUUUCAAACUUUCUAGCAAAUCACCAAAAAAAUAAUAAUAAUAAUCUGAAACUGCAAAGUUUGUACAAUUUUUUUUAAAAGAAAAAAAAUGUAUAAACCAUUUUUAAUUCAGAACUUUCUUGGCAUAAAAUCACUUUGGGUCCAGAUUGAUAAAAGCAUAUCUCUGGUAAGUUAAUUUAAAAGUGUAAUUGUAUUGUUUUUGUUUGUUUUUUUGGUUCACUGCUAUUGUUUUGGAUAAAUGCUUUGUUUACAAUCUCAUUUUCAAUAAAAAGACAUUUUAGGGUAAAUUGAGAAGAGAAAUGUAUAUUAAAGCAUACAUAAGUAGCUUUAAUGUCAUGUUAACUGCUUUAAAAAAAAAAAAAAAAAAAAAACACGAUGUGCUUCUUAUUGUGUGGUGUUUGCAGUCAUUCCGAGCUGAUCCGGGUUCUGCUCCAGUAUGCAGUUAAUAUUUUUCUCCAUCUGCCUGGCCUGGGUUUGAGUUGUCUGGAGAAUCCUAAAUGCCGAGACCGAACAGCCUCCCACAUUAAUGAGUAGGUGAUUCCUGCAGAGUUUAAAAAUCACGUGAUUUGAAUGGAAUGAGAGAGGAUGUUCAGUACCAGCAUUUAGGAUUCUCCAGACAAUCUCAAUGCCGGGCUGAAUUGGAGAUAAUGGGUCAAUAUUGGAGCAACAGGAUAAAGACAUAGUCAGGAUAAUUUUAAACAGACUUUAAAAUGACAUUUAAAGCUACUUAGUCCUUAAGAUAAGCAGUUCUCUGUUGCCUUAUGUUUACUGUGUGUGUGUGUGUGUGUUUGUGUUUGUCAGUGGGGGUUGAGUGGAACUAUGCAUGGGAUAAGAGACCAAAUACUGUAACUGAUCAAGGAUAUACACUGUUAAUGGGCACCAGGGGGUUUUAUAUGGUAAACUCACUCGAGUCCUCAUGCAAGGUGGUGGGAUGAGCUAAUUUUUGCUGAACACCAGCAAUGCUUAUCGUACAUAACUGAACCAUUGCUUUCUUAAUAAAAUUGGUUUCGUCUUUAAAA